AUGGCGGUCUCCCGCCCGAAACGAUCACUGGCUCGCCGAGCUGUCGCUUUCGUGAAGAAACUUAUUCACAAGAACCCAGCUCCUGAUCUUGAGCUGCUGGAUCUGAAGUUGUAUCCCGAGGUUGAUCCCAAUGAUCCCAAGAACAUCAAGGAGCCAGAAGGAAAUGUCCGUGAAGGAACAUAUCUGGGUACACAGCUCGCCUUGACACAGGCGUAUGAGCGUGUUGAACAAAGAUUCAACUCUCUCUUUGACGUGCUCGGUAUUGAACCUACCUUUCCCAGAUAUGUCUCACUUGAACAGCAAAGGAACAUCUACCAGUUCACGCCAUAUCCCAACAACGCCGAUGGAACUCCUGCCGAGUUCCCACCUCAUCUCCAGCAUAUCCCGGUCAAUCAGAACUACACGGUCUUUGGCGUCUUCAACACUGCCGGUCUGCUCGAAACAGCAGUCAUCUUGCAGAAACUCAUUCCGGAUGAAGAUGGGUUUCUUGGACGGACGAAGCAGUGGUUGCUGGAAAAGGCUCGCGCUGCUGCUUAUGGAGGAGAACCGGAGAAGGGCAUCACCAUCCAGGACGUCGACGACUACAACAGGUUUCAUCGCAAGAUAGGCACCGACAUUGCCAGCGGUGGAAAUAUCGGUCUCCUAGACGAUUGGUACAGCGACCGCCACUUUGCCGAACAGCAGUUUACUGGUACCAACCCUACGACCAUCACGCAAGCUGGGAAGCAAUGGAUCGGCGAGUUCCUCACUGCCGCGAGAAUUGGCGGCUACAACGAAUGGAUCUCAGCCCUGGAAGCCGCGGACCCAGCAUCUCUCUUCGUCCAAGACGGGAGUUACUUCCGCAACGCCGUCGGUGUCUCCGACCAUACUGCCGUCCUCCAUCACAAACAACCCGGCAGCGACGACAACUGGUCUGUCGGUGCCGUCAGUCUCUUCCAGCUUCACGACGACGGCAAGCUCCACCCGGUCGCCAUCUGCAUCGACUACCGCGGCUCCGUAGAACAAUCCGUCACCAUAUUCAACAAACGUCUUACUCCCAAUGCCUCGACUCGGACCGAAAAGACCGACUGGCCCUGGCGCUACGCCAAAACCUGCGCCCAAGUGACCGACUGGAUGCGCCACGAGCUGACCGUCCAUCUCACGCUCGCCCACCUGGUCGAGGAAGCCAUCAUCGUCGGCACCAACCGGUCCUUACCUAUGGAACACCCCGUCUACCGCCUCCUCUCGCCUCACUGGUACAAGACUCUCUCCGUCAACGCCGCGGCCCGCGCCACUUUAGUCCCGCAAGUCAUCGUCGACAUAGUCGGCAUCUCGCCCGAGCAAUGCCACUCCUUCAUCCGCCACGCCUACGACACCUACGAGUUCGUAGGGAAUUACGUCCCUAACGACCUCGCCCGCCGUGGUUUCCCCAACACAGCCUCGGGUCUUUCUUCCAGCACAAAAUACCGGAACUACGCCUACGCGAAGGACGUCCUGGCCCUCUGGACCGUCCUACGGUCCUACGUCUCCGAAAUGCUCGCCCUCUCUUAUCCGUCAGACGAAUCCGUCGCUCAAGAUCAAUACAUCCAGUCCUGGUGCGCCGAAAUGCGUCAGGGAGGCGCUCACAUGUCCUCCUUUCCCGAGAUCAGAGACCUCUACUCCCUCACGGACGCAGUAACAAUGUGCAUCCACACCGCCACCUCGUUCCACUCGGCCGUUAACUACCUCCAGAAUUUCUACCAGGCUUUCGUCAUUGCUAAACCGCCUAUGCUGUGCACCGCGCCGCCUACUUCCCUUUCGGAGCUGCAGCAGAUGAAAGAACACGACCUCGUUGCUUCGUUGCCCAUUAACCGGCAGCGCCAAUGGCUUUUGUCGGCGCAGGUACCCUGGUUGUUAAGCUUCAGAGCACCGCAGGAUCGGUCACUGCUGAAUUACGCGGCGAGUAUGUGGCGCGUUCAUAAGACCAAGCAGGGACGCAGGGAAAAGAUGGUUGCGGAGGCUAGUGAGAGGUUGUAUCAGAGGCUGAGGGAGACGCAGACGACUGUGUGGGAGAAUAGCAGGGCGAUGGAGAAGGGGAGUUUGCCGUAUAUGGUGCUAGAUCCGGGGAAUACGGCUGUGUCGAUCUUGAUUUGA